GCUCAGUUGCGGGUGUGUGGGAUGAAAGUAAAAGUAUUUUUGGAGGAUUGCGUAACAAAACAGAAAUUCCUCACUUUUAAGUGAGGGACAAAACUUUAAUUAAUUAAUUUAGUUAGCUUUAUUUGACUGAAAUUUAUUUAAGAGAUUUUUUAUCGUGUCGUCCCACCAACGAGAUAUAAGUUUAAAUAACGAUUUAAAACUGACGUUUGACAAAUUAUAGUAAUUUUUAAGCAUCGUUGAAAACACCCCACUUUCUGGUCUAUGGUGGCGCUAGAAGAAUUAGCAAUACUGUCGGUUUGUUUGAAUUUGACAUGUCCACGGAGGCACCUCCAUCAGGCCAUUCUCCCACGACAGGGAAGGGUCAUGAUGUCGAAAUUGGCUUGUCCCGCACCGUUCUGACCCAAAUCUUUGGAAAUGAGUUUGUCUCCACUUUGUUGGACUCUUAUCAAGAUGUGGGCGGGGUACAAACUCCAAAUUCUGAUGAAAUUCUGCACCCUUCCCCUGCAAAGAGUCAUCUUGUCUCGAAUGAUGGACCCAGCAAACCAAAGACCCCACGAACCUCGGCGAAGGAUCCAACGACGCUUGAAGAUUUGAAGACGCUAGGGUCACCAAACUCUCCAAACUUCUUGGAUCAUUUGGCCGAGCACAUGCAACGACAACUGGACAGAUUAGAGGAGACUGAGAGGCGACAAAUGGACGCCGUCCAGCACGAGGGUAGACUUGGGCCGACCGUUGUCAAGAUGGACGUAGGAUCGCAUGUUGGCUCCUUCAUAAUCAGUACCGACAGGCUUGGGGUCAGCUCCCAAUGCAAUUUUGGCUCAGUUCGAGCCUGUGCAUGUGUGUAUAAAGGAAAAUGGCAGUACGAAGUGCAAUUGGGGUCUAAUGGUGUCAUGCAAGUGGGCUGGGCGACGUUGGAGACCAAGUUUUCCCAAGAAAAAGGAGUCGGAGAUACGAUCGAUAGCUUUGCCUAUGAUGGAAAUCGCCUCAGGAAAUGGAACAAGAGCACCGCCCAGUACGGUGAAACUUGGCAAGCAGGUGAUAUCGUGGGCUCGUGUAUCGACAUGGAUUCAGGAAGUAUAGAAUUUUUUAGAAAUGGGAGAAGUCUUGGUGUCGCAUUCACUGAAAUUCGUCGAGGACCCAAAAUCGCAUACUUCCCAGCAGUCAGUUUAGCGUAUCAAGAAAACAUAGUAGCAAAUUUCGGCGCAACCCCGUUACAAUUUCCCGUCGUAGGUUAUUCCCCAAUUCAAAGCCUUCCUCGUACCGCUGACAAUAUGAAAUCCACCCUGUUACUCUCCUGGUUCGAAAAGCUGCUGCCUUACUAUCGAAAUAACGAAUUUAACGAAACGUCUACUAACGAAUACAAAGCUCUUCUCGUCAUUUCAAACAGAAUCAUGGAAUUUUUAGGGCCUAAUUUAUACUCUGGAUUCGUCGUUGAGCAAUCUUUUUAUCCAUUUUUUGCCCGAAUUCUUGGCCUUCCGGAGAAGAUUAGUCACGCUGAUAAAAUUUCGAGUAGUAGUUAUAAUGAACUCAACUAUGACAGGGUAAUACUUUUGUUGGAUAUUAUGUGGACACUGCUUGAGGAGAGCGAGAUGAAAAGCUGUUUGGAACGAUUUUGUGUCGUACUGAUGAACCAAUUUAGAUCGAAUUCAAUGUCCAUGGAGUAUCCGUUUCAACGAUAUAGUUUACUUUGUUUAAUUGCGUUAGUAAAACAUCGAAAAACGAGGAGACAUUUCAUAAGAAGUUUGUUACUAGAUCGAUCUGGCAGUCGCCUAGUCCAUUUUCUCCACGUUCGCCCCAUGGACGAAUCUAUUCUGGCUUCCAAUGUCCCAGAAACUUGGUGGCCAGGAAAAGGGCCCAAGUCCGUCGCGUAUGAACGAGCUUGUAACGUAAUUCAACAACAAGUUUCAGUUAUCGAAAACUUACAAAUCAUGCUUUUAAAAGUCCUGUUAACUAACAACGACGGAACUGACCGGCGACCUUCAUCUCGUGCCCUUUUCCUACGCAAGUUUAGAGUUCAUGUUCGAGAUGUCAUCCGACCUGGGUCUGUGCUCCACCAACCAAUUCAGAAAGCGAUGUGCUGUUUCUUUUCGUUUCUGAGAACGAUAUCCGAACUCUACUCUGAAGAAGUUGAACACUGUACCGAAAUUAAAUUUCCAAACAUUCCACCAUGCAUAUUUUAUGACACUUCGGUCGCGUACCACGACAUGGAACGAGUCGGUGGUUUGGCCUCCUACUUAUACAAAGCUCACCACACCGAUAUCGCGACCAAGCUAUCCAUCCCGGACUACAUACAAGAAAAACCUGCGGCUACUUCUUCUGAACAGCCUGAUCCAUCCGUUGCUGGUUCAUCUCUGACUGGUAGUCCCGUCAUAAUUCAAGUUUCUACCUCCGCUGCUACAGCAGACGACAACAUUAUUACGAGAGAUAUGGCCAUAGCUGCUGCCUCGCCAGAUAUAAUCAUGACGAUUCCACACCGUUUUGCGUCACCUCCACCACCUCCUCCGCUUCCCCCUGCCCCUCCAGUCGCCAUGUUUCCGACUAUGGGCUCACCUCCUUUUCCAAGGGAAGUCACACCUCCGGCAACGGAGCCCGCUUCAGCAACAAGUUCGGACGGGGCCCUAGCCUCAGCACCACCACCAACAACAACACAGUUUGGCGCAUUAAUAACUGGGACACCGAGUGGUCACAAUCUUUUGAUUCCAAUGAUGACUGACUUCCGCACUUUGGAACAAGGUUUCACAUUUUAUCCAGGAGGAUUCGUCGGAUUUACAAAUAUUGACCAUCGCACUAGUGUCCAGCCUAAAAAUCCAGCAGUUGCCCUGCUAGGAAAAGACUCGGGAUCAAUUGACCCCCUCUUCAGUCUGAGGGAACUGCUAGAUGAUGCCAUCAUCAUUUACUGCAGCGGAGUUCAAGCAAAUGUGGAAAAGGUGGUGACUCUCAGGACGACAAUCGAUAGCUAUGAGGAAGCCUUAAAACAAGCCAAUGCGAACCUCGCCUCUGUCACAACUAGUUCCGAACGUGACGAGAUUGUCCGCUCUAUUGAAAUAUUUACAAACAAGUUAGAAGAACAAUCACGCCACAUGGCAUGGGUAAAGAGCUCUGUAUUCACCAAGGAACGUCAAACCUACGUCUACAAGUUGCUCAGAGUUGUCCUCGACACGCUAAGACUGGCUUCCACGGAAGGAAAUUUGUUUACAUUCGUGCCGGAACAUUACAUCUCAACGCUUAUUAAUUUGAAUUGGCUCAUCGUAAAUCAAAUGCAUCCUACAGUUGCUUCGGAUAAUUUACCUGAUCUAGCUCAUUUGUUGUCUCAAGUUGCUGAGUUUGUUGCAACACAUUUUGCCGACACGAGAAUCGUCAUUGCGGAAACGAAGGAUACUCUUACGCAAGCUCUCAGCACUUUUAUCUGUAAUCGUCAAAUGCUCACGGCACUUGAAGAAAUGCCAGGGGAGUCUCAAUUAGGAAUGAUCAAGGCUAUUCUCCGACCGUAUGAAAACCGAGCAUGGGCACAGAGUAAUUGGAUGCUCGUUAGAAUGUGGCAAGGUGACGGGUUUGCAUUUCAAUAUCCUAACUCAUGGGGUUUCAGAAGAUCUUAUAGAGCAAAACCGGUCCAAGAUGAGUUUGGAAUUUCGACCAAUUUGCCUCCAACGCCAUCGAAAGUCUUCCAAAAUCAUAUCGCCAAUGUUUUGAUGAACGAUCAAACGUUUGCAGUGAGUUUCCUGCAUUCGGUACUUAACCAGUUAAAUUGGGCCUUUUCAGAAUUUGUUGGAUUGCUGCAAGAGAUUCAAUCCGCAAGUGCUCGCCCGGAACGUGUCUUCGUGGAGAGUAGACAAUUGAAGAUUUGCUGCACCUGCUUCGAAUUGACGCAAGCUUUACUCCGAGUUAUGGAAAUGGUUGUGAAUAUUGCGCCUCCAGUAUUAACAGACUUCACGCGAGAUUCUGCAGAGCCUUUGCUAGGACGUCUUUCAAUGCUACUGAGUCAAGUCAUCAACAGGAUAGGAUCGAACACUGGCUGUUUUGCAAACGUUAUCGAUUUAGAUAUUCCUGGAUUGGAAAAUGUAACGCAUUAUCCCAUUUUGAGUGCUGUUGCGGGGAUCAUAGUUGGGAUGAUUCUUCCCGACCUGGACAAAACUGAAUCCGAUAUCACUGCUACCAAAACUGUAUUAAAUGAACCAAGUUUUGAAUCUAACUCGAUGGACUUUUUUAUCGGAAGGAAUCAAUCUCAUGUUCCUGAGGGGAGAAGGAUUUUCUCACUGAGAGACUAUGUCCCACUGGAUGUUUCCGAAGGUGAAAUGCACCAGUUGGAUAGUGUGAUUAAUCACUUGAACUCGUGGUCUGAAAAAUUGUUACCCGAAACGGGUGAUAUAGAUGAUGACGCGAUCUGUACAAUUUGUUACGCUUAUCCAAAAAACGCGACGCUCAAACCAUGUAAUCAUCGUACCUGCAAGAGCUGUAUCCUUCACCACUUAAUGAAUCGUGGCGACUGUUUCUUUUGCAAGGCUCCAAUUCUCCAAGUAUUCCUGGACGAUGGUACUAAAAUCCACGACACAACUCUAUCCUCCACAGAGCCCAACGAACGAAGUAAUCAUCGCCGCAGUUGAGAUUACUUUAAUCUUAAUCCCCUCUUGGAAUUUUUAUCUGAUGACGAAUCCUAAAUUUUUAACUCUUCGCAAGUAUUUCGUAACCGAUGUAGGAUGAUUUUAACUAUUUUGAACGUCAGCCCGACUCUUAACCCCGUGACUGUGAUUUUACUUCCGCUGCUUUAAAAGGAUAAUAAACGUAAACAGGAUUAAAUUGAA